GCAGCGGCCCCGGCCCGGGGCUGCCCGGCUCUGGGAGCUCGGGGCUCAGCGGUAGCUCCGGCAGGAUGAAGAAGCACCAGCACUCGGUGCAGGGCACCUUCAGCCGCCUCUUCGGCAAACGGCACCCCAACCCCGCCGCCUCCUCUUCCUCCUCAUCCUCCUCCCUCUUCGCCACCAACCCCCCCUGGAUCUUCACGCAGGAGGUGACCUCGGACAGCGCGGGGGGAACCGGUGAUGUGAUUGAGGUGUACUAUGGCGACAAUCGCUUUGGGUCGAUGACUGACUCUGGCACAGCAACUCUUAAACCUCGUCCAAGAGUCCGGCCGCUGCUGACUUUCUUACCCCUUAAUGCCCAAGAAUCCCACGGGGUGGCUGUGCCAACGCCAUCAGUGCCAGAAGACUUUGAGGAAAAAGCAGCACUUGGCUCUGGCUCCCAGAUCAAUGGGAACUACCGAAUGUACAGCUCGGUGGGGGACCUGCGCCCACAGGCUCUUGAGGGGGAUGACCUGGAUGAAGACAUCCCUCCACCACCAUCAGUACCCCCACCACCCCCUCCAACAGCACCAGCACCUGCACCACCGCCUGCAGCCUCGCCGGUCCCUCCACCACCCGAUACGCUGCCUCCACCACCACCGCCACCACCUGAGGUGGUGCCACCACCUCCUGCCAUGGCACCUCCGCCACCUCCAGCCUCUGCCCUGUCCUCCCCUGGCACACCGGCUCCUCCAGACUUCAUCCCACCAGCCCCACCGGGUGCCUCUCAGCUUGGCCAGGCCUCAGCACCCUUCACCACCAGCAUCUCCAAGUGGAAGUCCGAGACUGUGCUGAACACCAGGCAGGCGGAUGCCGAGGGGCCGCUCUGCCCGGCCGAGGCUGGGGUGCCGGCUGCCCCCAGCCCGAAGGAGAGUCUGCAGCCCAAGCACUGUCCCGAGCCCCACCUCACCUUCCCCAGGUCCUUCAAGGUGCCUCCUCCAGCCCCAGCCCGGACCUCCUCCAUCCCUGUGCAGGACAGCCAGCCCACCCGGCAGGAACCUUCCUUCCCCAAGCAGCCUCAUGCCCGGCCUCCCCUCCCGCCGUGCUUCACCAUAAGACCCGCGGCCAAGGCUCAUGCUGGAGGAGAUGCUGAGCAGAGAAAUUCCCCUCUCAGACAGGCCCUCGCGAAGCCGGCUGUGCCGACACCCCCACCACUGAGCCCCAAGCCGGGUCCAGGGCUCAGCCAAGGCACGAAUCCUGCCGGUCGCCGGUCCCCGCUGCCAGGCUCCGAGACGGAGAAGGUUCCCCAACCAAAAACAGCCGAGAAAGACCCUCCUCCGAAAUCUGAAUCUCUCUCUGCGAACGACCUGGAGCUUCCCCCUCCAGACUACCCCACCAGUGAGGACGACUGGAGGGACGCCAGCAACCUGAGCAGGCUGCGGCACGAGCUCUCGGCUCUCCUGCGCUCCCCACGCAGGGAGGAGAGGCCGGUGGAGAAGCCGGCAGCUCCCCAGCCCACGGAUGGUGGCACCGACCGCCCCGGCAGCCAUGAGCCCAGUCUGAAUGGGCACCAACCGGCUGGACCUGCUGGGAAGGACACACAGGUACCCGCGGGAGGAGAGACCAAGAAAAAAGAGGUGCCUGGCAGCCCCCCCAGUGCCAAAGGGGGCUCUCCCAGUGCAGCGCUCCCCGCUCCAGAGAGCAGCCCUGCGCCUCAGACCCGCAGCGUGUUGAAGAUCAGGAACGAGCUGGAGGCUGUGCUGAAUAUGAAGAAAGAAGGGAAACCUGCCAUGGGGCUCGGCAGCCAGAAGCAGGGCACUGAGGAUGGCAGCAGCACCCCUUCAAAUGGGCUGAGCCCCCCUGACCCAGGUGACUUGGUGGUGCCAAAACCAGCCCCAAGCCCCCUCCCAGCACCAGGGGCUGCAGUGGAGAAGGAUGAGACGGGGCUCAAGGAUCAUCCCACUCCUGCCGCUAGCAAGGCCACAGAGAACUGGACCCCUGCUCCUGGGUCCCUCAACAGCAGCACAAACCCCCCAGACCCACCUCAGGCACCGGCAGAGAAGCCCCCUGCUCCCACAUCCCCCUCGCCCCCCACUCCUCCCACAGAGAGCCCAGCCCCGCAGCCCAACGCGGCCGUCUUCCAGUACAAAGUGCACCGGGCUGGGACCAGCUCAGCAGAAACACCGUGUGCCUUGGGCUCGGCCGAACCUCCCUGCCCCACCAGCACGGCCAGGAGCCCGCCGGCCACCUCGGGAGCGGGGCAGGAGGAGGUGCUGAUCCACCCUGUGACGGGCGAGCGGGUGGAGCGGGGGUCCCCCAUGGCACUGCUCCUGGCCGCCCGGCAGCGUGCCCAGCGGGGCCGGCAGGGUGGCGAGGUGGGAGCCGCGCUGCGGGCCAAGUCCCCCCUGAAACUCAACAGUGCCUCAUCAGACACCACCUCCACCAGCUUCUACCGCCACGAGUCCAAGCCCUACUCCUUCACCGUGGUGCCUCGCCCGCCUAUGGUGGGUACAACAGGGUCGGGAUGGAGCAAACCUCCAUCCUUCUCCAGCUCCUCGGAGCAGGGCCGGGACGUGCGGGUGAUGGCUGAGGCGCAGCCCCCGAGCCUCCCCGGCCACCGACGGGCCGCUGCCUCCAGCCUGCUGCGGGGCCUCCUCGAGACCGGGCAACCCAACCAGCCCGGCCCAACCCGCCAUGGUGUGUCCAGGGAGGAGGAGGAGAAGGGGGAGACGGCGCUGGACUAUGGGAUUAUCCCCCCGCCCCCCGAAUUCAGCAACGAGACGGACGAGGCCGAGGGGCCCCUCACGAGUCGGGAGGAGAACCGCAAGUGCCCCAGCUUCCCCGACUGCAGCCGGAGCUCGGAGGCGCCACGGUACUUCAGGUGGCCCGGCUACGGCCGUGGCUACGGGGGCAACCGUCAGCCCCCGGCCCCGCUGCCCUCAGAGAAGAGCAGGAGGAAUGGCGACUUCACACCCCAGUACCCAGACUACAGCAGCUCCGCCGGUUACUUUGGCCGCUGCCCGAACCCCCGGCCGCUCAUCAAGAAGCGCCUGUACGUCUCGGAGCCCGACAGCUCCUACAGCCGGGCAGCGGCGGCCCCCCGGGCCACGGGCACCCUCUCCUACAGCCCCGGGGGAUACAGCUCCGCAGCCGGGGAGGGGGGCCGCCGGCUGGGCCCUGCCCAGAGGAACGGCCCCACGAACACGCAGGGCAGGCGCACGUCCAUGGACGCUGCUGGGAAAGCCACGCCGUACGGCAGCGCCGGGGCUGACGCCAAGUACAAGGCGCAGAACGGGGAUUUCUCGCCUGCCAGCGCUGUGACAGCCAGCAGACCUGCCCACGGCGGACCCACUACCACCUUCACAGUCAGACCUGGAGCACGGCAGCCCAUCUCCUACGCCUACCAGAGCGGCCACCGAUAGGCUUCUCCACAGGGCUGCUCCACCGCCUUCGGCUGGGAGAAGGAGGGAAGGUGCCUGGGUGGGUUGUCAUCUCCUCUGUGGGCACCAGGGAUGGUCCCAGCCCAUCCAGCAAACGCACUGCUUGACACUGCUGGUGGGGAAGGUGGGGAGUGAACCUGGGACUUGGACUCUUUGCAAAAGACUGCCAUGGAGAGUAGUUACCACAGAGGACCGGCUGCUGUCUUGUUACGUGAGAAAACACAGUUUUCCUUCUAUUUCCCCCCCGUGUUAUUUUCAAAAUGGCAGCCUGAUAGUUCUUCUAAGAAAGUCAAAAGCAUCCUUAGUUCUCUUUAAAAAGCAUCACCACUGGAGAGAUUGUUUGCAGUUUUAGGUUAUGUUUUGUUUUGUUUUUUAAUUGGUUUAAAUCCAACAUGCUUGGGAGUGGGGAGAAACCAGCUGGAAGAUGUGCCUAAUGGAAGCAAACCAGCAUAUAGCUAAAUGUAGGAGAUUUAAAAUAAGAAUGUGAGGCCAAUGGGAUAGAAAUAGAGUUUAGGAUGUCCAGAUCCUGCCCUCUUCUGUCCCCACCUCCUUCAACAGCCUUGAGCAAAUCAAUUAUGCUGAUGCCUUAAAAACAGCUCCCGGCUCUCGGUGCCAGCCCUGCCGAGCUGGGGGCAGCUCCACCACCAAGGUCUGAGCCCCCUUCUCCAGCGAUCGACCGUGGGGGGCUCUUGGAGCACAGGUCUUUGCUUUCCUGCCCCUUUUGGCCACUCUAAAUGUUUCUGUUGGUAACUGUUCCUCAUGGAAGAAGGCUGCGAGGAUGGGUGGCUGUAAAGCACUUUGGAGCCUUAAGACAUUGAACAAUCCUUCUUUUCCUGUGUCAGCUGGUGGGUGUCAGGGACCCACCACAGCAUGGUGCUUUCCUCCAGGGGUCUCUUGCCACUUCAUACUCACCUAAACCCCACCUCCGAAAGCUAAGCCACAUAGUCCUUAUACGCUGUUACGCUGAGACUUGGCUUUAGUUUGUCUGAUUCAGGGGAGUGGGAGGUUAAUUUUGGUGUGAUUGUAGAGUAUUUGGCGCUCCUGGUGUGUGGAAUGUUUGUGGUGACACACCAAAGCAAGCCUGUCCCAGCGAGCAGUACAGUCCCACGACAGCCGACCAAAGGUUGGAACGGAAAUUAGGAAUAUGUAAUCUUCCUCAUAGGUAAACUUGCUGAAAAUCACUGUAAAAUAAGUGUAAAAACUUGUAGAGAAUGUUUUCUAAUCACUGACAAACUGAAAGCACUUUGAGACAUUAGUCUACUUUUUAUGGAAAGCACUUUCUCUUUUCAAUCCUAUACAAUGUCGUUAGUUCCACUCCAGCUUAUCCCGCACUGCGUGCGCGUGUGGGGGCGUGUAACCAGAUUUUGCUCUACAAUUCAGCUCAAAAUUCAGUGACAAAUUUUCCUUCACAGUGGAAUUUUCAAAAGAGUUAUCUUGAUGUUAGUGUCACGUCUUUGGCAUUCUACGUUUUAUGUUAUUUCCAACUUUACCUAAUAAUUUAACAGCUGUUUCAAACAUUGCAGCAGCUUCAAAGUGCUCUGAACUUUACUCUGCUGUGAAUAAAAGGAAAAUGCAAAUACCGUAAUCGGUCUAAUAGCUAAUUCAAAGGAUGUUUUUAUGCCAGCAAGACGCAGUGACUUGGAAGAUUUCCAUUCGUGCUCACCCCAGCCAGUAUUGAAAUAACACGUUCUAAAUACCUGGGUGUUGAUUUAAAAACAAAAAAUGUUUAUGGAGAAAAGUGACUAUGGUGUCGCUCUCUGGGUAUUUAAUUGUGCUGGUUUUGUGUAGAAUAGCCCCCCCUGCUCCUUAAAACAUGGAAGUUCCUCCAGGUGAGGAGCAUCUGGAGGAUUCUUAUUUAGCUGUAGGAGUAAAGCUGUGAUGCUGUUUGAGUGGCUGCAGGGUCCUGUUUUAGUAUUGGAUGAAGUUUCACCAGUUUAACUUGAAACAAAACAAGGAAGCCUCUCUGAUAGCGUUGCAACCUAAUGGAUCUUUUUUUUUUCCCCAAAAAAAUACUAAGUUAUAAAUGCAAAUUAAUUCUCAAAAGCAGCUUUAAAUUUAGCGGCUUGUUGUGAGACUUCAGUUUAAGAUCGGCUAGAAACAGGGCGGGGCCCUCAAGAAUUCUCCUAAAUUUGAGCAUAUCCCCAACACAAGUUUGUGUGGACAUUUUUUUUGGAGAGCAAAAUGUGAAACUCCAAUGGUGGCACUUGCUUUGAAUUUCACAGUUACUGUUUCACCCAGACACACGGUUCGUAUAGAGUUGUAAUAAGGUGUUUAUAUAGCGUGGAGCGUCUUGUUUCUAGCAGACGGGUAUUUGUUUCUAUUAAAUGUUAGAAGCAUGAUAAUGUAAGUCAGUUUUAUGAAAUAGAGCCAUUAUUCAUUCAGAGAACACCCAUUCUGGGAACGCAGAGUGGGCCAAGCUGUAACUAAAUCAGGGAGGACUCUGCUCACUGUUGUGAAACUGGUUAGUGUGAAUGUUCUCAGCAGUGGAGCUAUUCCAUUCUUUAAACGCCUUGGUCUCUCCCUGCUUCAUUUGAAUGCGUUUAAGCAAAAAUUCUAGUAUUUCGGUAACAACUAGCCAUUUAUGCCGGGGCCACUGGGAACUGCUGGUGUUACAAAGAACCCACUGUCAGAGCUGCUGGCGGCCAGAGCUCCUGGGGAGAGUUAAAUCCUGAUGCAGAGGGAGGAUCGCUGGGCUGUGGGGACGGGGAAAAACACAGAUAAAAUGGGUCCGAUUCCUCUGCCCGAGCCUUCUCCCAGCUCUGUUUCACUAAAUGAACUUAGCAGUAGAGGAAACUGAGGGGUGGUAACGGGACAAAGCCCAGUGUGAGGGCUGAAAAAGCAAUCCCAGAGCCCCAUGAUGGAAUUGCUCUCACUCCAACCUGCUCUUUGGUCAUUCCAGCCUCUGGACAACUGGAAUUAUCCCCUGCAGCCGCACAAGUACCCGCUAACGUAGUGUAACCGGUAGCUUUACUGUAAAGUGUUGAACAAAGUCUCUUAUUUAUGACUGCCAUUGAACAGCAACCUUCUUGCAUUAAAUGUGUCUGGACGUA